CACUCAUCUUCUCAUCUUCUCGCUACCAACCCAAGAAGAUGGCUCGCACACUCCGCAAGAGCACACAGACCAAAACAAAAGCCAGUGAAGCCACUGCUCGCGAUGCAGGCUUUGUCGGCAAGCCUCGAGCCCUACCGCCUCGCAGGAAGCGUUACACUGGCAGAAAACCCCCUGUCAGUAUGAUCAGUAUGGAGACACACAAGAAAUUGCAAGCCAAAACUAUCGCGAACUCGACACAAUCGCCACUGCUUCGCCUACCCCCUGAGAUUCGAGCUAUGGUUUUCAGAUACGCACUCACGACCUCGAAAUACCUCGACUGGGUUGCCCUGUUCUACAACUGCCAUGGACGAACCACUCGAUACCGUAAAUAUGUGUAUCUGUGCCCAGGUGAAGAUAUUGCCGUUGCGCUUCUACGCGUCUGUCGCCAGACACACUCAGAGACUGUUUCGAUGCUGUACGCCGAGAACACUUUCGCUUUUGCGUCCGGCCGUUUGAUGCACCAAUGGCUCGGUAAGCGGUUGACUGCGCAGCGUGGAGCCAUCCGACGCUUGGUCAUUCCGUGUAGGGAAAUGGCUCGUGCGGGUGCCAAGAAGAGUAUUGAGGCGGAGGUGAGAAAGAAGUGCCCGAACUUUCAGGAAAUGGGGGAGGAUAAGUGGCUCGAUGAGUGGCUCAGACGGGAGCACCAGGUGCCAGACUUUGAGACUGAUGAGGAGCUCAUGGCGUGGAUGAGGACGGAGAAUGCGUUAGGGUUCAAGUUCUAAUGAGGCAUUCUCGGACGAUGAGAAAUCUGGGUUUUGGUGAAACCCUUCUAUACAACAUGGUGUCAACCUGACGGAUCGGAUCUUGCCUAGUCAAGAGUGGAAUUCGAUCGUUGGCUGUGAGACAGAUAUGGAGAGGAAAACGAUGGACAGUGCCCACGAUAUGGGGUUAUGGAGACAGCAACAUGAGUGUAGAAUAGUGG